AUGUCUCGAACUCCCGGCGAGUCUUCAGGAUCUGGAAAAGAUACUCAAGAUACAACUCCAACUCCUUCCGGCAUGUCAACACCAACAAGUCCCACAGAUACGCGGCAUCCAUUAUCAAGAUCUAUCUCACAACAAAAUGACGGUCUGGCCGAAAGUUUUCAGUCCACGGACACAAUACGACGGAGACCAGAUAAUGCAGGAGGAUAUGGAACUAUUCAAUCGACUCCUCAAACUCCACAACUUGGCGACGGCCAUAGAAACAGCGAAUCGUCCAUGACUGGCGAGCGACCGCAACCUGUCAGUUUAGAAUCUUCACGAUCAUUUCAGCCAGCCAGAUCUCCCAUGCUAGGACCUUCCGACCGCGGUCGAGCAGGUCAGCGACCAAAGAAACCUCCUAUGCCGCGUAGAGCUUCAUCAAACGUACAAGCGCCUCAUAGAGGGCAAGAAUUCUCGGUAGAUGAUGAUGUGACCGAGAUGGAAGAAGAAAUGAACAAGCAACAGGCGGGACUUGGAAUUGGGGGUAUUGCAUCCGGGUUUGGACCUUCCAGACAUGGUCCUGGAUCUGUGAGGAGACGACCUGCUCCAACUCAGCCAACUUUACCAAGACUAGAUUCUUCUCACGAAGAAGAAGCAGAAGCGGAGGCUGAAGCUGAAGCGGCGGCCUCCACCAGUGGUGAAAGGACAAAAGAUGAUCAAAUGACUAUAUCGGGCGAGGAUACUUUGCAGGGAGAAGAUGGUAUCGCAGAGGUGGAGGAAGAGGAGGACGAAGAUUCUUUAAGUGAUGCGGAAAGUUUCACACUCAAGGAUCGUCAACAAGCAAUAAACCAAACCCAUCCUUUCGGUAUAAGAAUCUGGAAGCCUGCCCUGUACAAAAAGAACCGUUCAGUUCAGAAGACAGCAGAAGGCGAUAUUCAUUCAUCUCCUGGUGGUCGUGUCAACAAGUGGCUGAUCUUCUUUAACAUUAUCUGGACACUAGUUUUUGGAUGGUGGCUGGCACUUGCAGCAUUGACUGGAGCAUUGGUAUGCUUCGUCUUCGGAGCAGCGCCGAGUGCUAUUGCAUAUGGUCGCGUACUCUUAGACCUCGCUGGCUAUCUUUUCUAUCCUUUUGGAAAGUUCGUUCGACUCGAACAAGACGAAGCAUAUGCUCACGAAGAUGAAGGAGAGGGCCGCACCAUCACGGAAUACGAACAAUGGCAAAGUGGAGAUAUUGAGGAUGGGAGACUAUUCUUUGGACCUCAUCAUCCACGAUCAAUCGUAGGUCGAUCAAGAAGAAGCAUUGACUCGUUUGGUGGUAGCGAGACGGAUAGUUUACUCGGUCGUUCAAGACGCGGUACUCAUCGAGAAGAUUCAGCACGCCCCAAUAAAAGAAGACUUUUUGGAAGGGGUCAGUGGAAUACUGGACGAGUUAUCUUCUUUCUAUUCUUUUACGGACUGAUCACGCCACUACUUUUUAUCGCCUCUGGUAUAUGUUGGUUCCUUGUCUUUUGGAUCCCCAUGGGUAAGGUUACAAUGCUACUAUUUGACCACCUACGUCGACAUCCCUUAGCUUUAUCUUUCCAAUCAGAUUCAGCAUAUUCUCGUGGAUCUAUUCCAAAUUCUUCGAUCCUCGUAUGCACAUAUCGCGCCGUGGGCAGCAAGUACUGGAAAUAUACAGUAGACGGGACAAACAUUUUCUUGAUAAAUCUCAUGGCUGUCGUUUUGUUCGUCAUCUUUGACUAUUGGGUUCUUCUGGAGAUGCUUCAUAUGAAAAUCACAAUCACUCAUCCGGCAUUUUUGUUCACUAUGGCCCUACUCUCUAUUAUCCCUCUUGCCUACUUCAUAGGUCAAGCUGUAGCUUCUAUUUCUGCCCAAUCCUCUAUGGGACUGGGCGCUGCGAUCAAUGCCUUCUUCUCUACGUUGGUAGAGGUCUUUUUGUAUUGCAUCGCUUUGAAUCAAGGUAAAGGGCAGCUUGUUGAAGGAAGUAUUAUCGGUAGUAUUUUCGCUGGUAUAUUGUUCUUGCCGGGUUUAUCCAUGUGUUUUGGUGCCAUCAAGAGGAAAACUCAACGUUUCAAUGUUAAGUCUGCUGGUGUGACUUCGACGAUGCUACUAUUUGCUGUCCUUGCCGCAUUUGGUCCUACUCUGUUCUAUCAAAUAUACGGAACCCACGAACUCAACUGCCUCUCAUGCACCGACACGUAUGAGUCAACAAGUCGUGAUUGCCGUCGUUGUUAUUUUUCACAAUCGCCGGCGUUGAACGAUAGAUUUUACCUCGAAGCUGUCCGCCCAUACUGCUGGUUUGCCGCAGUGCUUUUGUUUCUUUCGUAUGUCAUUGGGCUAUGGUUUACUCUUCGAACUCACGCGGCAGUCAUAUGGAAUAAUGAAUCAGAAGAUAAGCAAAAGCCGGAAGUCAAUACUACUAAUUCCCAGCAACCUUCAGGUGGCGCCCCACAAACCCGCGCGCAACGACACGCUCAGGCUGCUUCCGAUUCUCGUGGAAAUGAAAUUCGGGACUCUCAACUAUAUAAACGCAUCCUUGGCCAGUCCUUAAAGCAAGCCGGCAUCAACCCUAAGGACUGUACUCCCGAAGACGUUAAUCAGAAUGGUUCAGCACAGACACCUCAUUUAGUUCCACCCAAGAGUGCUGCAGGAGAUAGUACAAAAUCUGAUUUCCAAAUACCGGGAUUCACAGAGGCUCAAAAUACGACAUUCGUUCGCGAAGUAGCUGAAAUGGCUGCAACCGCUGCUACAAUUGCUGCUCGAGAUGCAGCCCGACCACCUCAUCGAAAGGCAUCUACUACCCAUGCGCACAAGCUGCCUCCUUUGAGAACAACUGCUGUGCAUACGGAGCCCGAAGAGGCUGUUAACGCAGAGGCUCAUGCUACAAGUGGUGGUCAUGAUGCGCCAAAUUGGAGCCGAAUGAAGAGUUCAGUGAUCUUGUGUGGUGCUACUGUUCUUUAUGCUCUUAUUGCAGAGAUUUUAGUCAAUACAGUCGAUGUAGUUCUUUCAAACGUAGCAAUUGACGAGAAGUUCCUCGGUAUCACAUUAUUCGCACUUGUUCCGAAUACAACCGAGUUUCUUAACGCCAUUUCAUUUGCAAUGAAUGGCAACAUCGCAUUGUCUAUGGAGAUCGGAUCUGCUUAUGCACUCCAAGUGUGUCUACUACAGAUUCCGGCUCUGGUUUUGUUUAGUGCCAUCAAUGGCCAAUGGUUAGAAGGUUCUGAACUCGUCGAUAAAUCUUUCAGCCUCAUAUUUCCACAGUGGGAUAUGGUGACGGUCAUCCUUUGUGUGUUCUUGCUAAGUUACAUGUACGGUGAAGGGAAGAGCAACUACUUCAAAGGUUCUAUUCUUCUUCUUAGCUAUCUAGUUGUCAUCGUCGGCUUCUGGUUUUCGGGAAUGACGGAUCUCGAAGCUAUGGGUGCAAGCCGUUUCGAUAUCAUGGAAUCAGGAGGAAGUUUCAAAACUAUCGGGAGAGGUGGAUCCGGUUUCAUCGCCGCUCAUAUCCUCGAUAUUCUUCUCUCCCGCGGUCACACCGUUAUCACAACCGUCCGUUCCCAGCAAAAAAUCGAUGCUAUCAAAGCCGCUCAUUCAGAUGUUCCUGCUUCCAAAUUAGAUUUCUUCAUCGUGGAAGAUAUUGCAAAGGAAAAUGCUUUUGAUGAUUGCUUAGAGAAGUUUGGGGAGGGCUUGGAGGCCGUGUUGCAUACUGCUAGUCCGUUCCACUUCAACGUGACCGACACCAAAAAAGACCUUCUAGAUCCCGCCAUAAUCGGCACAACCGCCAUCCUCCACGCUAUCAAAAAGUUCGCCCCCUCUGUAACCCGCGUCGUGGUAACCUCUUCCUUCGCCGCUGUUCUUGAUGCCUCGAAGGGAAACUGGCCCGAUCACACAUACACCGAAGAAGACUGGAAUCCCAUCACCCUCUCGGAAGCGGUUGAAAACCCAUCUAACGGCUACCGUGCCUCCAAAACCUUUGCCGAAAAAGCCGCGUGGGAAUUCGUCGAGAAAGAGAAACCCAAUUUCACACUUAGCACCAUGAAUCCUCCUUUGGUACUAGGUCCCAUUGUUCAUUACCUGAAUUCCUUAGAUGCGUUAAAUACAUCUAACCAGCGCGUGCGCAAUCUCCUACAAGGGAAAUGCAAAGAGGAGAUUCCGGAUACGGGAACAUUUAUCUGGGUCGAUGUGAGGGAUUUGGCAUUGGCGCACGUGAAAGCGAUUGAGAUUGCGGAGGCGGCGGGGAAGAGAUUUUUCAUCACGCAAGGGUAUUUUAGUAACAAGGAGAUUUGUGAGAUUAUUCGGAAGAAUUUCUCGGAGUAUGAGAAGGAGUUGCCGGGAAAGGAGGUUAAGGGGGUGAUUAUCCGGAAGGAGGGGUUUAUAAGUUUGAUAAUUCGAGGACGAGAAGUGUGUUAG